AGCUCCGUGCGGUGCAGGCAGGUGCAGAACAGCAAGAACUAAGCAACUUGAUUUCUCUCGGCCGGCACGUCGGUGGCGGCGGCGAGCAUGGGGAUGCGCGCGCUGGCCGUGCUGGGGCGGUGCGUGCGCGCGCCGUACCGGGCGCUGGUCCGCGCGCGGGACCUGUACGUGAGCCGGAUGACGGCCUGCGCGGGGCCGAGGGGCGGGGGGCCGGUGGGGCUGGUCGCUAUGCCGCGGAGCCAGAGCCACGGGUUCUACCGGUCGGCCGGGGGUUCAGGCGAGGACGACGUGCGGGAGCUGAUCCGAGCCGCCUCCCGCGCCGGCGCGCCCAGGCCCGCGGGCGUCGGGCCGCGGAGCCAGAGCGUGGCCAUCGGGAGGAUCGACGAGGACCGGCCGUGCGAGUUCGGGCUGGAGGACGAGGAAAGGGCGCAGGCGCUCGGGCCCAGGAGCAAGAGCUGCGCCGUGGGACCGUCGGACAGGACCGCUCGCAGAGCUGGGGUCGCGGCUUAGCUCAACACCGGCACAGUGACGGGGCUGACGGCAGUAUGAUGCAUACGUGUGACUCGUACAAUUGCAUUUACGUAGUUUCUUUUGCGACUGCAAAUCUGAAAUCUGAAGUCUUCGGCAGUGAGCUCCAAACUGAGCACGGCUCGAUCGAUCGAUAGAGAGAGAGUCCCCAAUCUUAGCUAAUGUAGCACGUACUAUAAACUCCGUAUAUCAAGUAUUACAUCGUUCUGACUACCAUUUGUGAAACGGAGUUGAUAAAAAAAAAAUCCGUUUUGAUGCCAUCUCGAACAAAACUCGUCGUCUUUCUUGA